AAAAAGUUUGCUGGAAGUGGAAUAAAUAACAAAAAUUUCAUGUUCAUGAAAAAUACAGAGACCAUUGAAGUAAAAUUAUCAGAGGAGCCAUUAUGUGUUGAUAAAGCAAAGAAACCUCCUGUUACAUCACUCAAAGCUACUUUUUCUGCUACACCACUCUACAAGGCCAAUGAAAGCAUGUCCCAUAUUCAGGGUCAUGCUGUGCCACACAUAAAUAACUCAAUACCGCUGUCAUCUUUCAGCCUAUUUGCAGGUGAUUCUGAACUUGGUACCAGUUUUAGUCAUCCUCAGUCAGAUACCUCACAGGCAAGCAACAAUUUAACUUUCUCCCAUCACCAACAGCCUGGUCGUGGCUAUGACCUAACACUAACAAACAAAGCCAAGGCAACCCCAGGUGUGUCCUUUCAAAAUAAAAUGAAAAAUGACACACAAAUGUUUUCCCUGAACAGUAGACAGAAGAAUGAUGAAAAAUUGGGUCAAAAUCAGAAAGUCAUUAAUGAGGUUUCUUGGAAAGUGACUCAGAAGAAAAAAACUUUAACAAAGCAAUUAAGAAAAGGUUGCUCAGAAACAUGCAGGAGAAAAUGUAAUCAAGUUGUUUCCCAAGCCAUUAGGGAAGAGCUUUUCAGUGAGUUUUGGCAACUUGAGAAUGAUACGUGUCGUAGAGAAUAUAUACUGACAAUUGUAAAUAAAGUCCCCAAGAAGAGCAAUAGAACUACAGAGAGCAGAAGGGGCUGCACCAUAGAAUGGAGUGUGCCACUAAAUGGAGCACUUGUUAUUGUUUGCAAGAAAUUCUUUCUAGACACUUUUGAUAUAAGUGAAAAUUUUGUGAAGACUGUACACGAUAAAAUUGAACGAAAUGCUGAUUCAAUGGCUGACAUGAGAGGAAAACAUGGAAAACGCUCAGUGGUUUUUGCAAAAGAAGAGAAGGAGAUGGAAAAGUUUAUUAAGUCGUUGGCCAUUUAUAAAGCUGUUCGAUGUGUCAGGUGCAAUACUGAUUUUCCUCGUUGGUGUCUUGAAAGUUCCUUGUCUUUAAAUCAGCUGUAUAAGGAGUAUGCAAAUGAUAGAAAACAACAGGGUGUGAAGCCGGCUUGUAAAACAUCCUUCAAAAAUCUGUGUGCCAAGAAAUUUAACUUAAAAUACAACUCUGGUGUGGAAAAUAUUUGUGAAUUAUGUUCGCUUGCAUCAACAGCUGUUAAUGAAUAGCAAAUAUUGUGAAUGAGGUGCGACCAAACCUGAUAACAUUUCAGAGGUGGCGCCAAAAAAAAAAGCAUUUAAGUCUUUAAAGACUUCCUUUCUAGUUGCA